AUGGAUUUACAAACGUUUAAUGAAACGGCUGGGAUUUGGGCAUGUCUCCAGCUUCAGAACGUGACCGCAAACGGGAGUCUGGAGGUUCUCAACGGCACCUGCGAAGACGCGCUUCUGCUGCCCAAGACAGAACCUCCGCGACCCAAAGAACUGGAUUCGCUACGAAUAAUUCUGUACGCCAUAAUUUUCCUGCUGAGUGUGUUUGGCAAUCUGCUCAUCAUCGUGGUUUUGGUGGUGAAUAAGCGGAUGUGGACGGUCACCAACUUAUUCCUCCUCUCCCUUGCCUUCAGUGACCUUAUGAUGGCUGUGUUUUGCAUUCCCUUCACUCUCAUACCCAACCUGCUGGAGGAUUUCAUCUUUGGAGCUGCCAUGUGCAAGAUUGUAGCCUAUCUCAUGGGUAGUUCAGUGUGCAUAUCCACUUUCAGUCUGGUGGCUAUAGCCAUUGAGAGGUACAGUGCGAUUUGCAACCCGCUGAAGUCGCGGGCAUGGCAGACCCGCUCCCAUGCCUACAAAGUCAUCGCUUUGACUUGGGUUUUGUCCUUCCUCAUUAUGACACCCUAUCCCAUCUUCAGCACCCUCGUCAAGUUAACUAAACCCAACAACAUCACGGCUCACAUGUGUCGCCAUGACUGGCCGAAGAGUGAGGUGGAAAAAGCAUGGUGUAUUCUGUUGCUAUUUGUUCUAUUUUUUAUUCCUGGAGUUGUGAUGAUCAUCGCUUAUGGGCUCAUUUCUCGAGAGCUCUACCGUGGAAUACAGUUUGAAUUGGAACAGAAGAAGGGACAGUGUGGAAUGAAAAAUGGCAUCAGUGCCACUGGCUUAUCUAGGAGCGCUGACGGAGAUGGCUGCUAUAUCCAGUUGUCCAAGCAACCUAACUCCAUGGAGAUGUCAGCCCUCACGCCAAUCAGCUCUGCAAAGGUGGACCGACCCCGCAGCAACACUUCAGAGGCCAAACUAAUGGCCAAGAAGCGUGUAAUCCGUAUGCUCAUUGUCAUCGUGGCCAUGUUCUUCAUCUGCUGGAUGCCCCUAUACUCCGUUAACACCUGGAAAGCUUUCGACCUUCCAUCAGCCCACAGAGCUCUCUCAGGGGCCCCUAUCUCUUUCAUCCACCUGCUGUCUUACACUUCUGCCUGCGUCAACCCCAUAAUCUACUGCUUUAUGAAUAAGCGCUUUCGCAAAGUGCUUCUCACAACCUUUUCAUGGUGCUGCUGCUGGUCCUGCCGCAGUAGGGUCUUCAGAGAGGGUGAUGAUGAGGUCACUGGUACUGGUGCGUCCAUGUCCAAGUUCAACUAUACCACUGUAAGCACCAUGGGGACAUGCUAA